AUGGAGUCUAGGAAAGAUCGAAGAAAUGACAACAGAAGAAAUCUAGUAGGGUCACAACCUAAUCGAGAAAGACAUCAGCCUUACGUUAGAGGCACCAUCAUGCCACCUUUCUCUUUGACUGUAAAAGAAUAUGUGGAGCUCGACAUGUCUGGAAGUACAGGAGAACGUUCGUUUGCUGAUAUUAUUACCAGUAUUCGAUACUGGAUCAUUCAUAGCAUUACUAUACCUUCCCUAUUCAUUGCGGGUUGGUUAUUUGUCAGCACCAUUUUAGCUUACAAUGAGUUUGGAAGCCCUCGGCCAAAAGAGUAUUUUACAGAGAGCCGACAAGGAAUUCCAUUAAUAACUGGCCAUUUUGAUCCUUUGGUACAACUUGAUGAAUUUAGUAGAUCGUUUUAG